AUGGAUUCCUACGCAACGCAGCACCAACAGUCGCAGGACUCACUGAUCCCCACCACCGAGAAUGCGCAUCCUGAAACACCGCCCAAGCUUUGUUCUUCAUCGCCUGCUGAGUCGGCAGCACUCGCCAUGUCAAAACUCGCGUCCCCAGACAAUGUCAAGUUUACCUCCCCCGCACCCCGAACUACUACAUCUAUGACCCCUCCGCCCUCUUCUCAAAUUCCCAAUACUCGUGCUGCAAUGAGGACGCCUAGUCCUCCAACCCCACAGCUCACAUCUCCCCCACCAACCAGCAAGCUACCCAACCAACCGUCUGCUUUGACAGACAUGGGUGCAGGCCUCUACCCGCAGGAUCAGGUCAACAGCGCCUCUGCUGAGGAGCUAAGGUCUAUGGUGAAUAGUCUAUCUAAUGCGCUACGCGACAUGCGACUCUCCGCAGCGCACUACAAGCUUCAACACAACAUGGCUGUCAUGGAGAGUCAAGAAUCUGCAAGCCGAAUGGCUGUCGAGCUUGCCAUGGCUCAGAGAGAGCUAGACGUUUUGCAGCAAGCUGAAGAGAAGCGCCGGAACAACAUGGUCACCCCAGAGCAGACGUAUCAAGAGUCGGCAAAUGCAGCCAACACGGUCAUGCUAUCAGAGAUGGGCCGCCAGAACCAGAUGCUGCAGAGCGAGAACGAGGAGCUUCGUGACAUGCUUGAGCAGCAGAAACGUUUGACAGAGCAUCGAGAAGGCGAGCUUGCUAGCCUCCUAGAUGAAAACGACCGACUGAAGACGAGGAUUCGCAAGAACCGCGAUCACAUUGCACCUCUUCUUGAGCAGAUUGAGCAAUCCUCACCACGGUCGAAUUACGGAACCCCACAUCAGCCAACUCCCAGGAAUCGCGUCCAUCAAGUGCCACCUUCCCUCUCUGAGGAAAGCAGAAGCCAGAACAACUUCGAAGCUCUUCUCCUGGCUGACAAGAUGCUGAGCCAAGAGGUUGCUACUGCUCCCACAACGCCUAUCAGGCAACACAUACCCAAAUCACGCUUCAGUCACCAACGAGGCGCACAGUCCAUGUCUUCGCUGCCACAAACACCAAACCGAAGAGCUGCGUACCCGCGCGCUGAGGUACCCCGCACACCGCCACUUUUCGUUCCAACCAGUAUUCCCCAAUCAGCACCACCAGCGCACUACCAGGCCAAAUUAUCCAACACACGUCGUCAAAGCAGCAACUCGACCAUCACCGCAUCCAGCGCCGAUGAAGAAGAGGCGUUUACCGACCGGGAAGAAGAUGAAGUGCCCGAGUCCCAAGCCAGUCAAAUGGCGAGAAGUCUCCUACAAAGAGCACCACCCACUAAAGGCAUGAUGUCUGCCCCACCGCCAGCCCAGCCAACAAACCUCGUGCAAAGCAAAAUCUUCGGCCAAGUCAAGAAAGGCUCUGGCCUAACCCGUGCCGGCGAACUAAAGCGAGGCCGCAUGCCCUCGACAGCGGAUCUCCGCACUCAAACAAGUCCGCCGAAACGCGGACGGCUCGAUCAAGGUGGUUAUCAAGCUUAUUAA